GUGUGCCGUUUGAGACUGUAGCCCAUGACUUCCUGUCUGGUCUGUAGUUGAAUGUUAUUUUUUUCUCUCCUCAGGGAUCUGAAGGGUUUUGUGGACCCCAUCAGAACCAUCACUCUGGCCCACCUGAAGCAGGAGCAGGACCGCAGCAGAACCCCGACCGGGAAGGACAGUCACCUGCACCAACUCUACCUGGAGGCCCAUAAUAAACAACAGCAGCAGAGGAUGGUCCAGCAGCAGCAGGAGGAAGCAGGGCAGAGGGACCGGGCCACUAAGUAUAAGGAGGAGAACAGACGGAUCCUCCAGGAGAGCAUCGAGGUGGCCCCCUUCACCGCUAAGAUCCGCUCCAGUGAUACCGACAGGGAGCCUAAUCCCUACCCCCGGAUCCCCUCGCUCCCCUCCCUGCCCCACCCCUACCCCCGGAUCCCCUCGCUCCCCCACCCCCAGCGCCUCCAUCAGGAGAAGGAAACGGAGCACCCUGCAGCAGACCUGUAUCAGUUUAAACAGCAGGCCGCGUCCCAGCACAGUCUCCCCCCGAGUAACUACUUCACUACCCUGUCCAACAGUGUGGUCAACGAGCCGCCGCGUCUCUACCCCUCUAAAGAGUUCAACUCCUACUUUGAGAAGGUGAACAGGGAGCAGGACUCAGCAGCAGUCUCUGGUCUCUCUCUGGGAGGAGGGGCAGCGUUCAGCUCCAAGUCCAAACCCCCCCCUCUCAUCAAACACCAGGCUGAUGGGGAGGGUCUGCUAGGGAAGAUAUCAGAGCAGCUGAACCAGCAGGUAAGCCUAUCCAACGUGCAGAGGUAUCGUCUCAGUACCAUAGUCAGCCCUGUUAGUCCAGACCUCUCCCCUUCCUCCAGUCAGACCCAGAGUCAGACCCAGACCCAGAGUCAGACCCAGACCCAGAGUCAGACCCAGACCCACUGUCAGACCCAGAGUCAGACCCAGAGCCACUGUCAGACCCAGAGUCAGACCCAGAGCCACUGUCAGACCCAGAGUCAGACCCAGAGCCACUGUCAGACCCAGACUCAGACCCUGGCCCAGCUAAGGUGUAUGCCAGCCCUGCACCGUGCCCCCGUGUUCCACCCUCCUAUCCAGCAGACACUGGACAGGAAGGAGGCGGGCUACGGCCGUUUGUCUCCACCCACCCUGACCCCCAUCCAGCCAGUCAGCUCGGCCGGUAAGGUGUCUGAGCAGCAGAAACCGCCCACCCUUCUGCCCGAGCUACGGGAGGUCAGCGCCGUGUGUAAGGGCGGGGCAGCGAUGACCUCAUCCGAGGUGUGGCGAGCCGGCGACUCUCAGGGCCACGACAAGCCGGGAUGGCAUUCUGAGAGGAGCCCCGGCAGGAAGCUUGGGGCCACCGCGGCGUCUGUUAUCGUCCGUCCCUCUACGUGUAUAAAGUACGACGGCUCGCCAGGCGCCAAGACCUCGGCCAAGGACUCUCUGACGGGGAGGAUGUUCCCGGGCAGCAGGCCUCAGACAGUCUGUCUGAAACUGGCCUAUGAGAGAGACAGGGAGUCUGGAGGGAAGGUGAUCCUGCCAAACACUAACUUGGAGGAGGCUGCUUGCGUGCAGCAGUACAAUAACAACUUUAGGAGAGUGUCCCAGUCUCAGGGAACCUUUCCAGUCUCUGUCUCGGCUGCUGCCAACUCUGUGUGCAAUAGGAGUAGUGAUGGGACUAGGGCAGUCUCCAACAUGGCUCCCUACGGUGUGCUGAGUAGAAGACAAGAGAGAACUUACUGUGGGCCCAACACCUCCAGCGCUAGCAGGACAGAGAGCUCUGGCCCUCAGGGCAGGGCCUUCCACUCAGGGCCUGGGUUAGGGCCAAGGGCUGAGCUCCAGCAACAGGAGGGGGGCUCCUCCAAGACCUCAUCCCCCAACCUGCACCCCAGCCUGGCCAGCAGCACCCAGGCCUCUCCCAACCCCAGCCAGUCCUACUAUGGGAGCUUUGUCCAUCUGAAGAAGCACAAGGCAGCGUUGGCAGCAGCCCAGCAGUCCAGAGGCCCUAGCAGCUCCAGCAGUCCAGAGGCCCUAGCAGCAGCAGCCCAGCAGUCCAGAGGUCCUAGCAGCAGCUCCAGUGGUAGUGGUCCUGAGAGCCUGAUUGAGCCAUCUAACAGUAAAGCUCUUCACAUCUCCCCUCCACCUCCCCUUGCCUCGGCCUCAGCCCAGGACCACAGAACCACAGCAAGCCCAGGACCACAUCAAGCAGGAGCUAGCCCCAGCCCUGGCCCCCUCCCCAAUGGCCAGCCAGCCCAGAUGAACCAGAGCCAAUCUCAACCCAACUACCACAAGCUGAAGAAGGCCUGGCUCACCAGACACUCAGAGGAGGACAGGAACAUAAACACUAUGCUUAAAACAGAGGACGCUGAUAAGUCUGUUACCACCACUGUGUCGAAGUCUGUUACUACCAGUGUGAGCCCCUCUGUGUCGAAGUCUGUUACCACCACUGUGAGCCCCUCUGUGUCGAAGUCCGUUACCACCACUGUGAGCCCCUCUGUGUCGAAGUCUGUUACCACCACUGUGAGCCCCUCUGUGUCGAAGUCUGUUACCACCACUGUGAGCCCCUCUGUGUCGAAGUCUGUUACCACCACUGUGAGCCCCUCUGUGUCGAAGUCUGUUACCACCACUGUGAGCCCCUCUGUGUCGAAGUCCGUUACCACCACUGUGAGCCCCUCUGUGUCGAAGUCCGUUACCACCACUGUGAGCCCCUCUGUGUCGAAGUCUGUUACCACCACUGUGAGCCCCUCUGUGUCGAAGUCUGUUACCACCACUGUGAGCCCCUCUGUGUCGAAGUUUGUUACCACCACUGUGAGCUGCUCUGUGUCGAAGGCCGUUACCACCACUGUGAGCCCCUCUGUGUCGAAGUCUGUUACCACCACUGUGAGCCCCUCUGUGUCGAAGUCCGUUACCACCACUGUGAGCCCCUCUGUGUCUGAGAUGGAGAUGAUCAAGCCUUGCACCGUCACUCUGAUUGCCUCUACCUCCAGUGAUGUAGAGAUGAAGAUAGAAGAGGUCAAAGGUCAGGAGGACAAGAUGGCCGCCGAGGACAGGAAUACGCGGCGUGGCAGCAAGAGGGUGUACGACCACGACUCAGCCUCAGAGAGCGGAGAGGACUCUGACGCCAGCGAGAGCAGCAAGCAGGAGCAGAGGGCUAAGAGGCAGCCCAAACCCACCUACAAGAAGAAGCAGAACGACAUGCGGAGGAGGAAAGGAGAGGGAGAGAAAGAUGAGGAGCUGAAACCCAACGGGAUCUUUCGGAGCGCCAAGGAGAAGACCAAGCUGAAACUGUCCAGCAACAAUGGUAUCCCCCGCUCUGUGCUGAAGGACUGGAGGAAGGUAAAGAAGCUGAAGCAGACUGGGGAGUCGUUCCUGCAGGAUGACUCGUGCUCCGAGAUUGGACCCAACCUGCAGAAGUGUCGAGAGUGUCGUGUUGUCCGCAGUAAGAAGGGGGAGCAGCCAGCUCAUUCCCCUGUCUUCUGCCGCUUCUACUACUUCCGCCGGUGA